AUGACGGCAACAAAAUCCUCCUCAUCAUCACCGCCCUCCAACUCCAAGAACGUCUUCCGUAUCCACGGGGUAAACGUCCUCAACCGCAAAAACGUCGACUCUAUCGCCCGUCUGACAGCACUCGAACGGCGCAGGGCGACUCAUAUCUUGGAUGAACGCCAGAGGCGCGAUACUAUGAACCAGCUCCUUACGGAACUCGCUAACCUUGUCCGAGAAUCUACUACCGACCUCAUCUCCCUCGACCCUUCCUCCUUGUCAACGACCGAGGAGGCUUCUACUAUUGCAGCUGAGACUGCCUUGACAGCUGAAGAGACAUCUCAACAACAGCCAUCCUUACCACUCGCCUUAGCAACAGCAACCACACCGACAGCAACAACCACUACAACCAAUGCAGCAACACCAAGUCUGAACCCAGAAGGGACCGAAAGGCGGCCGCCCGUAAAGUCAAACUCUAUCACGACACUCCGCAACGCAAUCGCAGAAAUCCAUCGGCUACGAACAUACGCCGGCCUCCAGACCAUCAUCGGCGUCCAAUCAACCGAUGCUUUCUCCUCCUCGCGUUCGUCGACAUCCUCCCCCUCUCGGUCCAGUUCCCCAUCCUCUGACCUCUGCUCGCUCUCAACAUUGGCCGCCUUGGCCUGUCAGCAAGGCAUUCGAAGUCACGAGACUUCUCCACAACCCCCACCCACAAAGUCACGGAGAAAGUCCAACCCGAAAACAACCAAAACCAACAAAAACAACAAGCGCGAGGCCUCGUCAAUGGACGAGGAGGAGGAAGGAGACCUAACCAUGCGCAUGUACUACCACCACCAUUUCCAGUACCAUCAGCAGCAGCAGCAGUACCAGCAGGUGAUUGCAUUGACGCCACCAAGUCCCACUAGUACGACGACAGUUCUGCCGCCACUGCAUUCGAUGGUCUCACCGAUGGAUUUUGAGUCCUCCUCUUCUGGUGCUGCUACUGGGUACCAUUUUGGUGGCGCUGCCCAGUCCAAUCAUUUCUAG